GAUCAGGUCUAUGUUUAACGUCAUGUUGUUGUUUAUGGUUUUGUAGUUUAUCUUUCUACUUAAAAUUCCCGAAACGGGUAGAAUUACACAUAAGUAUGGGUGAUGUAAAGUGUUAUUUGAGGAAAAUGGAUUUCCCUAAUGUUGUUCCAGAAGCACUAAGACACAUACAGAAAUUAUGGCUUCCUGAUUGUUCAUCUCAACAACUUUCAUUAAUGAAAGAAUUAUCUGAAGAAUUCGUUUUUUUCGAAAUUGAUAAGUGGGGAAACAAGAGGAAUCAAAAACUGCCACCCAUUAAGGAGCUUCAGAUUGUAGAGAGGAUAGCUUGGUAUUUUAGACAACCUGAAAAUGACCAGAAAAUGGCUACUUUUCAGUUUCUUUUCCCGUUUGGUUCUUCGCUUCUUGAUAACAGGUUACCCGUUUUAGGGAAAUUAUUAUCCCUAGCUAUUGCUACUGAGAAUGGUAAUGUUUUAAGUUACAUAGGAACAUGGAUGCAGCUUUGCACCUGUGUAUCUGAUUAUUCUGCAUUUAUAGCCAAAGCAGUAGUUCGUGAGCAUAUAAAACCGUCAGCACCUAGUGAGAGGAUGAAGAAUUUACCUGUCAUAUCACCAGUAUUUUGUGCUAGCUUAAUAUCAGCAAUUACAAAUAUGUAUCUCACUAGCUGUCCUCCUGAUCAUAUUAUCAACAUAAUUUUAGAAUGGAUAAAUAGUGUGCCAAUGCUUUGCUUCUCACCUUUUAAAUUAAGUAUUCCAAGUAGUUUUAAUUUUCCUGGUCCUCAGACACCUAUUCCUGGACUAAUGUUUUGGUGCAUAUUGUCUCCUUUGUACAAAGAGUACUCUGAUUGUGCUGGAAGUUGCGACAGCAGUAAUAAAACAUUUUCAUCAUUAUUGUUAGCUUUACUUCAGUGUAUGACAAAGUCUGCUGCUUCGAGAGAUCCUUCUUGGUGUGAAGCUGUUUCUGCUACAAGCAUUAUUGUUAUUGCUGAAACUCUGAAAAAAAUGAGUUACAUUUCUAAGGAUAGACUGGAUACAUCAUUAGAUAGAUUUGCUAUGUGUGUAGAAGUAGCUCUUUCAAGCAGUUGUUUACAUGUUCACCCUGAACGCCUUGGUAAAUUAUUUUUUCACUGCUUACAACUGCCGUAUAAUCGUCCUUUAAAAAUUGUUUUGCAAAAAUGGAGUGCUGUUCUACGCCCUGACUCCUAAUGAACAAAAGCACAUAUUGUAUUAUCUAAAUUUAUUUUUCCAGCACUCAGUCUGUUAAUAAAAUAUGAAAAUAUUUUUUUUAAUUUCUGAA